AUGAGAGCAAUCCCGAUAUUAUGUUGCUUGCAGCAAGGGCACUCACACAUCUGUGUGAUGUUCUGCCAUCUUCAUGUGCUGCUGUGGUGCACUAUGGUGCUGUUUCUUGCUUUGUUGCUAGGUUGCUUACCAUCGAGUACAUGGACCUGGCUGAACAAUCCUUGCAAGCUCUUAAGAAGAUAUCUCAAGAAACACCCAACUGCCUGCUUGCGAGUAGGGGCUCUAAUGGCAGUGCUUUCUUAUCUUGACUUCUUCUCAACAGGAGUCCAACGUGUGGCAUUAUCCACUGCUGCAAACAUGUGCAAAAAACUCCCAUCUGAUGCAGCUGAUUUUGUCACGGAAGCAGUUCCCAUAUUGACAAAUCUUCUUCAGUACCAUGAUGCCAAGGUCUUGGAGCAUGCUUCAGUUUGUUUGACUAGAAUUACAGAGGCGUUUGCAUCAUCUCCUGAUCAGCUGGACGAGCUUUGUGCCCAUGGAUUGGUUAAACAAGCAGCCUCUCUCAUCUCAACCAGUUGUUCUGGAGGUGGACAAGCAUCCCUCAGUACAUCUACAUACACGGGCUUAAUUCGAUUGCUAUCUACAUGUGCAAGUGGCUCUCCUCUAGGAUCCAAAACUUUGCUCCUUAUGGGAAUCAGUGGGAUUCUCAAAGAUAUUUUAUCAGGCUCUGGUCUUGUUGCAACAAUGUCUGUGUCACCUGCCUUGAGUAGACCACCAGAGCAGAUUGUGAAUUUGGCGAAUGAGCUUCUUCCUCCUUUACCCAAUGGGACCAUAACUCUUCCUGCUAGCAGCAAUCUAUAUGUAAAAGGGUCUCUUUUGAAGAAGUCAACUGCUGGAAGUUCAAGCAAGCAAGAAGAAACAAGUGGAGGUGCACCUGAGAUUUCAGCUCGGGAGAAGCUGUUAACUGAGCAGCCUGAGCUUUUGCAGCAAUUUGGAAUGGACCUUCUUCCUAUUCUUAUUCAGAUGUAUGGCUCAAGUGUAAACCAACCUGUGCGUCACAAGUGUCUAUCAGUUAUCGGGAAAUUGAUGUACUUCAGCACUGCUGAUAUGAUUCAAUCUCUACUUGGUGUCACCAACAUAUCAAGUUUCUUGGCUGCGGUUUUGGCAUGGAAGGACCCACAAGUCUUGGUACCUUCCCUUCAAAUAGCAAAGAUCCUAAUGGAAAAACUUCCAGAAACUUUCAGCAAAAUGUCUGUAAGAGAAGGUGUUGUUCAUGCAACCGACACACUUGCAGGAUCAGGAUCAUCUGAUCCAAAUCCAUCUGAAGAUCCCCAAAACAUGGAACCGGGCCCCACAGUUGACCUUCCAACAGUCAACUCCACUCUCCGUAUAACAGUCAGCACAACUGCAAAAGCAUUCAAAGACAAGUACUUCCCUUCCGACCCCGGAGCCACAGAAGUCGGGGUCACAGACGAUCUUUUACAUCUAAAAAACCUCUGCAAGAAGUUAGGCUCUCCAAUCGAUGACCACAAGUCAAAGUCAAAAGCUUCCGGAAACCGCUUUGUUGACUUUUCACCUGGAAAAGAAGAAAACUUAUUAGGAGUGAUCACAGAGAUGUUAUCCGAGCUCAACGGGGUCUCCACAUUUGAAUUCAUCGGUAGUGGGGUUGUAUCCGCUUUAUUAAACUACUUCUCUUGUGGACAUUUCUCAAAAGAAAGAGUCUCAGAAGCCAAUUUACCUAAACUUAGACACCUGGCUAUCAAAAGAUACACAUCUUUCAUAGAAGUUGCACUUCCUGCAAGUGUAGACGACCCGAAGCGGGCCCCAAUGAGUGUUCUUGUUCAAAAGCUACAACACGCGUUGACCUCUUUAGAACGUUUUGCAGUUGUGUUGAGUCAUAGUUCAAGGGCACAUGGGGAAAAAGGUCUUCGGGAUUAUUCUUCAAAUGUUGUUUUGAUUGACCCGUUGGCGAGUUUGGCUGCUGUGGAGGAUUUUCUUUGGCCACGUGUGCAGCGGAGGAAAAAAGAGACCCCACAAGAGAAAAAUUAA